AUCGUAGUCAUGCAGAUCAUUCACUGUGAGUCUCUCAGUACGCUGAAGUACCAACAGUCCCGGUGUAUAUCACCGUCAAGACAGCCAACCGUGUGUUCAUCCAUCCAUCCGUCCGUCCGUCCGUCCGUCGUAAGGACAGAAUGCUCUCGCGUGCCGUUUUUGCGACGAUCCAAGCGUCUCGCCCAACCAGCAGUGUUGCAUCACACACAGAGAGAGGGAUAGAGUUAGACAAACAGGACAGCCAGACAGACAAACACCCCUUUGCCCAUCCCGUCGAUAGCCCGCUGCCCUUUCAGUACCAGUACAUCUGCCCCCCAACAGGCAGCCAGUUGAUGUCAAUGUCACUGUCUGCCUCUCCCAAGGGAGGGCCAAAAACCGCCCCACCGCCGCCAUUGUUGCCCUCCAUGGCCUUGUGCGCAGUGUCCACACACCCUCACCGCCCACCGCUUGGCUGAGAUUGCGGCGGCGGAGGUCUUUUCGCCGCUGCACUCCUUCCUCCUUUCGAGUGGUCGUCCGGCUCUGUUGAGGCGCUGGUCACUUCUGAGAGGCGGUAUGUGGGGGUGGGCAAAAUGGGAAACGGGAAGGGCAGGUGCGGCGGCGAGGCCGGGGGGGACGCAGCGCUCGACGAGGGCGUGAGGGAGGGCGGCGACGGCCCUCCUGGAGCGCCCAAUGACGCCGCCUGUAUCGCAUCCUGGCUGCUGCUGCUGUGGUUGUUGUUUUGUCCCUCUGUCUGCCUUCGGUCCUUCUUGAGUUGUUUGUUAUAGGCGCGGGAUCUGUGGUCGGGGUGGUGGCAGAAGAGGCAGCCUGGCCCAUUGCUGCACCGGUUGCUGCGCUUGAAGGCGAAGACGCAGGCGCGGCAGAAGCCCUCGGUGUGCCAGAUGGACCCGAUCGACAUGGACUCUCCCGAUGCUGUGCACGGAAUCAAAGACGCCAGAGACGCUGCAUAUCAACAGACAAGGACAAAUUUCUUUGUACGGCUUUCGCCUUCCCGUGUGUUUGGUGUAAGUGCUUACGCGUGACUUCCAUGACUGUGUUGAAGGGCUCCUUCUUGCCCAUGAGGGCCACAAGCCUCCUACGCAGCGCCUCCAGCACUUCUUUCUUCUCGUCCUCGCCCAUCUCCUCCCCCAACACAGCAGCGGCUGGCAGGUCGUCCUCGUCGAGACAUGCGAGCGCCAUCCUCUCACCGAGAUCAUCAAUCUCAUCAUUCGUGUCCUCCACAUCAACCCCUCCCUGCUGGCCGCUGCUCGAUGAGGGCUCCUCGGGCUCCGGCGCCUCCAUCAUGGCGUGGUGCGCGAAGGCCGGGCCCUCCUGCUGCUGGAAGGGGUGCAGCGUUGAUAUGAUCGGCGACAGCAGGGUGUCGGGAUCUCCUGACGCCGCGGCAGACGGGUCUCCUUUUGUCUUUGACAGGGUCAGCGGAGACGGCAGCAGUGGCGAGUGAGACCUGUCGGGCUGACCAGCAGCGGCCUUGUUGCCCCUGCAGCUUUCAAUCCACUGCAUGAAUGGGUGCUCCGCCUGUGUGCCGACGUAGUGGUCGUACUGGCUGGCCGAGUAGCUCCUCUCCCUCUGGAGGGGCCGCGGCAUCAGAAACGGAUCGCCCUCGCCAGAAACGCCGCCCCACUCAUACGACAUCGUCAGGUCGUACGCACCUACAUGGCUGCCACGUGUGCUGUACCGCCCUGGCGACAGGGUGCUCGCGGGGCUGAUGCCGCCCUCUGUCUCGUCAGUGGCCGUCAGAGCGAGGGGAGACGGCAGCUCACCGAUAGCCGAUUGGCAUCCGAAGUACUCUGGUGUGAACCCAUGAGGCGUGAUGGGGAAGACGGGAAAACCUUGGUGUGGAAACGGGUUGGGGAGGAGGGCCGGGGCCUCUUGGGCGGCCUGGGGCAGAGGAAGCAAACCACGCCUGCAAACCACAAAUGACAAUUUCAGGACGGAAAUCGAAGUCACCAUCCUUGUCGCUUACUCGUCGUCCGGAAGACACAUUCCCGGAGGUCCUGACGCCAUCGGCAUGGCUCCCUCAUGCUCCUGGUGGGGCCCGCCAGUGCGAGAAGCUGAGCCUCUCUUGUGGGCCAUCGGAAGCAUCCCCAGAACCUUCACGCCUCUCCAGGACGCUCAGGUGGCCCAGACGGCCGGCACGGACCGUCGAAUGAGCACGUCUAUGCCCAGGAACUGCAGGAUGACGGGUCAGAAAAACUCGAGAGCCAUUCGGAGGAAGAGCGAUUGAAAACGGAUAGUCGUUGCACUUUGGCACCGACUGGUGAAU